AUGACGAUGCCCGAGCGCAAAAUUAUAGAGUUUGAGCAAGGAUGGGAGAUCAUGCAGAAGGGUAUCACGAAGCUCGAGAACAUUCUAGAAGGACUUACUGAGACACCGUUCAGCUCUGAAGAUUACAUGAAUUAUUACAAAACCAUCUACAACAUGUGCAUUCAGAAGCCCCCUCAUGAUUAUACUCAACUGCUUUAUGACAAGUACAGAGAGUCCUUCCAAGAGUACAUCACUGUAAAGGUGUUGCCUUCUUUAAGGGAGAAGCAUGGCGAAUUUAUGUUGAGAGAGUUACUGAAAAGAUGGUCAAAUCAUAAGGUUAUGGUCAGGUGGCUCUCACGUUUCUUCCAUUUCCUUGAUCGAUACUUUAUUCCUAAGAGGAAGCUUCCUGCACUUAAUGAAGUUGGACUCACUUGCUUCCGUGAUCUGGUCUACAAGGAGAUAAAUGGGAAAGUCAGAGACGCUGUAAUUUCUUUGUGUCAGAUUGAUCAAGAGCGUGAGGGAGAACAGAUUGACCGAGCAUUAUUGAAGAGUGUUUUAGAUAUCUUUGUUGAAAUUGGAAUGGGGAAAAUGGAUUGUUAUGAGAAUGACUUUGAAGCAGCCAUGCUUAAAGAUAUUGCUGCUUAUUAUUCUCGUAAGGCGUCAAACUGGAUUCUGGAGGAUUCUUUUCCUGAUUACAUGCUAAAGGCUGAGGAGUGCUUAAAACGGGAGAAGGAUCGGGUUUCUCAUUACUUGCAUUCUAGCAGCGAGCAGAAAUUAUUGGAGGUAUGUGAUGUAGAACUCAAGCAGUACCAGCAUACGGGGGAAGGCUCAACAGUGAAGCUUGCUACUUGGGAAUAGGCAGCCCAACAGUGACCCACGAUUAUGGGCCUAGCUCUUCCUUUUAUGGUGGGUUUGGUUCAGUUUCUAGAAGGCAUGUGUGGGCCCUAGUGUGGUGACAAUGUGUGCUGGAAUAUUUUCUUAGUAGCUAUCUAUUUUAUAGUUUUUAUUUUAGUAAUA